GUCGACGAAUUAUAAACUAGCCCGAUAUGGAACUUUUUUCCUAGCCAUCUAAUUCUUCAUCCGCUUAAUCAUCGUCCCAAUCUUUUUUUCUUGCCAAGUUGUGUGAAUAUGUAGAUUUGCAUUAGGAUACAACCCAGUAUUACCGUACCAUUAGUAUUUUACGUUGGUUACGUUGGAGCAGUUUGAGGAUGUUGAGCAAUGGGACGAUUCUGCGAAUUAGUUGGGAAUCCUGAACUCCCACAAUUGCGAAUGCGGUUCAGGUGUUGCAAGACGGUGGGGCUCAUCUGGAUCAGCCCAAUCAAGCGGGAAAAACAGCCCUGGAAUUAGUUAAAGAUAGGAACACGCAACAAACCGGUUUUCUUUACAAUUGAAUUUCAAAACAUGGUCAACUACGGACUUCCUCUUAAGAAUUUGGCAGCCAAAUUCCUGAGCAGAAAUGAAGUUUCUUUUGAAAUGGACCAACUUCCACUCAUUUUACAUUCCUUUGUAAGACGCCAUUAAUCGAAUUAAAAGGAAUGGACCUCCGUUCUGCAUGGGAAAUCGUUUUGAUGCCUGGUGGUCCGUAAAUCACAAACGUGAGAUAAACGGCCUUCGGGGGUAACCGGUUCUUGUGAAAUUAAAGUCUGCCGGAUAAGAAACACCCUACCUGUGAUAACGUUUCCAACAGCCUGUGGAUCAUGUUGAAACAGUCAAGUCGCUACAGUUUCAUUACACUGUGUUGCUAUAUUUAAAAGGAUCUAGGUAGUGGUGUACACAACAUCAAGCAGAUCAAAAAGCGGCUAGAAUGUAUCAAACUACCAUUUAUUUUUCGUUUCAACCCAAGUAUCAAACAAUUUGACACUUCUUUUUGUUGGUCUAACGUCCAUUCCUAGUUUUAUCAAGUGAUUUUGCAUAAAAUGGGAAAGAGAUGUGUCGUUACAGGUUGCAUAAACACUUGUAAAACCAACUCUGUAUUCUGUUUUCCCAAUCCGUUUAAGCAAAACUAUCGAGAAACCAAAACGUUCGAUUUGGCUGUCAAACGACGUGCAGCCUGGGUCGCAGCUAUCAAUCGUCCAACUUUCCAACCUUCACAAGAAACGAGUAGAGUGUGUUCGAUUCAUUUCCUUAAUGGAAGGCCUGCAAAAUUAGAACUAGAGAGCCAUACUGACUGGGUUCCUACCCUUUUUAUGAACGGGAGGAAUGACGAUAAACCCGUGGAAAUUACAAGUCGCAAAAGGGAACCUGCAAAAGCGUAUAAAACUGAAGACAUAGACUGGGUUCCUACUAAGAAUCUCAAAACUCAACCAGACAAUGUUCCGUCAUCAUUGAAUUCAAGUGUUCUAUCUACUGAUGUAACUGGCUCAUUCCAAAGUAGAAACGAAGAAGUAUCUACAUUAACUGCCGGAUGUAACAAUACCAUUUUUGAAGAACAGAUAAAUCUAACAGAUUCCAGUAGAACAGAAUUUUCUGUAUUCCAGAAUGGAAAUGAUUCAAUGGACGAGAGCUCACACAACCAAAUUAGAAAGAAAAAAUAUCCUACAAGUGAUGAAGCUGGUCUUCCCGAAAAGCGACAAAAGAUUGCCUCGUCAAAUUCUGAUCAAGAGCAAAACAAUGGUGAUCAGAUUGCCAUAGAGGAGCCACUGAAACAAAAAACCGUUUAUUGCAGACCCAUCCAACCUAUGAAUGGAACUUGGCCUAGGGUUACAGCAACCAUUAUCAGUCCCGAAUCCAUCAAUACGGCCGCUAGCGUCAUCAACUUGGGGUUGAAGGCUAAGCUAAUACAUAAACCUGGCGAAGCUGCUGACGGUGUAUCAAAAAAUAGUCAAAGCAUUACAGUAAAAAAAGAAAUGGAAGAUUGUUCUAUUGCAGAUGAACCCGACUGUGAUCUGCAUGCAGCCUAUUGUUUUACCUCAAAAUUGACAGUUGAAAGGGGAACUCAAGUCACUGCCGACGAGAUUCGACGGGCAUUCCAGUCGACCGCAGCCACACAAACAUUAUGGAAAUGAACAUGUUAUUAUACAUUGAAGGAAGGGACGAACAGGAUUGAAGGUUCUGUGAUAUUCCCGGUGCGAGUCGACCUGCAUGACACCUGUGCGCCCCUCCACUUCAUGCUCGGUCCUCUAGCGUUAAAUAUGGCACUCAAAUAUUCAACCCCUUUUGGAGGAAAAAAACUAUUUUUAACCAAUCAACCCGCCCGGAAGGGAUUGAUACAAAUGAGGAGCAAAAACGUAAAGAAAAAGGGAGCCACCGACUCUGGCGACAUUAGCGACUACAUCGAAAAGAAAAAGUUUCUUCCAGAACGCGAAGUAGGCCGAUUUUGAUGGGAAUCCGAAUAAGCGACUAAUGCCGCUGCGUACGGCAAGACUUAGGUUGCGUGUCGUCAGAGCGGAACGGAGGUCUCUUCCUACGCCAUCGUCAACAGGAGCAGCAACACUUUGAUGUUGUACGGCCUCAAUUCCAUGUCUCGUCUCGUUGUUCCCAAUGUCCAACAAGCGAUGAGCCCAGCCUUCCAUUUCUUUACUGACGACACGAGUCCACAUCUCGUAGGGAUUCCGUAAGGCUCCGCAGUGACCGAGACCUGAACAAGUUGAGAACAAAGAAACAAGAGUUUCGUCAGUCACGCACAACACAACGAUUCUCUCCAUCCGAGGCCAUGAAGAUCUUUUGAUGUCUGCGAACCAGGAAAAUGUUUUGCAUAAUGAAUGAUCUUGGGAACCGUUAAAAGUCAUCGAUACCUUUCCUUUAGUUAUAGGGUCCCUCUCUUGUCGAGAGCAACCUAACGGGACAUUGGCUCUACAAAUUAUCGCUCAACGUUACGUUAACUUUGCCGUUUUUAUGUUCGUUAACUUUGAUUUUGUUCAAAUGUAAUUUUAACCUUAAAACUGAGACAAAUUGAAAUUAAAAAAAACUGUACCUAUGCAAGAGACGGUGACCAACAAGAAAACGAGGCAGCGGAGUGAUGACCGCAUUUUCAGGUGGCCAAUUAUUUCGACCUGAAAACAAAGAUGAAGUCUGGAGAUGCAAAGAGGAAAUUAAGCGCGCAACCCGUCAGCUUGGCGGUUGUUCCACGACUAAACUCCGAGGCCCCUUGUUUUCCCCCAACCAUCUGAUCCAUCAACGUUAAGCGUGUGGUGGUGGCCUUUCACGUUGGAAAGAAAAACUCGACAUUUGGGUUUAGAUUAAUCGACUAUCUUUUUAUUGGAUUCAAAUAAUUAAAAAAAGAUUGGGAUAGAGGGCAGAAACAGAAAGAUAAGGAUCUUUUAUUGGUUUAAAAGGGAGGGAAUUUUAUGGGAAGCCCAUCGCAAUUGGUUGUGUGCAGCAGCAGUGCGGAUCAUAAUUUAAGAAGAAAACAUAACAUGUCAAAUCACCUAAUAUCUUGUCUUUUUGCUUCUGCAGCUAGAUACUUAAGAUUAAAAUUAGAAAAAAAGGAAAAAAACAGCUGUCACAUUUUUUGCAUUUCUCCAUCACACACACAAGGCACCUGUUUUUGUUGUUUGGGUUAUUUACUCGAUUCAAUUUCAACAAAAAAUGGACGUUGGGAUUUGUUUGUCUUUGUCAUCGGAAAUACUCGGGGGGAAAAAUAAGAAAGGCGCGAUAGGAAAAAUAGGGGAAAGUGCGAGUCGAAAAAUGGCCGUCAAUGAAUUAUUGCGACAAUAAUAAUAAUAAACUCAAUGUCUUUAUGGCUAUAUUAUCUCAACAGGAUUAAACUAGAAAAUAUAAAUCAUAUUAAUUGUUUUUUGUUUUGUUUGUAAGUCGGGAAGAGAAACAAAAGAGGGAAAAAGAAAAUCAUGCGAGUCUUCCGAUAGACAAAAUAAUUAAAAGAAAAAAAGUUUCACCAUUUGUUUCUUUGCUAAUUGGAUGGAGAAGAAGAUGAUCCUUGUCCUUACCGAGUGUCACACACCUUUAGCACACGCAAAAAUAACAAAAAAAGGGGCGGAGCAGGAAGAGAUUCAUGGCACACUUUUUUUUUUUUUUUUU